CAACGGUCGCGGGAAGUCCUUUGCCACGCGCGUGAUAGGAAGAGCUGUUCUUGACUCAUUCAAAACUUUUGUAAACAUUGGUAUGGUUUAAUUGCAGAAAGACUUGUUUCUGUGUUGGUGAGCCAUCCAGAAGGUAGUGACUGAUACCGAUACUCUACUGGACGGACUAGUUUGGGGAUAUGUUUAUAGUUUAACCCAAACUUCGGGACGUUGUUCUUGGUGCCUACUAGCUAACCACUCCGGGGCCAUUUCUCUGCGUUGGAUGGGCGUGUUGGAGUUAGCAAACAACUAAACUUCUUCUGGGAUGUUAACAGACCUUUAAGCGUCUCACGGCACUUUUGGGUCAUUUUUUUUACAUCGAUACCUUUAUUUUAAGGUAGUUAGAAGUCGAUAUAUUUGUGUUUAUUUGCGAGAAACGCCACUACAAACGGUAGUGGGGGUCCAACCGCGUGAUUUUCCCGUCGACUACGCCGGGGUUUAAAUCCUGAAAAUGUCGAGCUACGGCCGCCAUCGGCACGGAUCUCCCUCUCCUAAAACUCUACAAAUUCGGCAAAAAUUGCAGUUUGCAUGCAGCGACGGGGAGGAUGAACCCAUUGAGGACGUUAACAACAGCACCGGAGGGGAGUCCGGCUUCACGGAGAUGGAUUCCCCGAUGCCAGUGCGACGGGACCCCGUCGACAAACUGCUGGAAGGGAGCAGCAGCCCUCUGAACCAGUCCUGCGGGGACGACGACGUGGAGCUGUGGGACGAGGAGAGUUUCGGUUCCCCGUCUCACCUACGAUCACCGAGCAGUGUUAUCUCUGCCAACUGCUCACCGUCGCCGAGGAAAGCUUCUCGGCUGUACGGAGGGUCGCCGGAGCGGUCCUACCUCCAGGACGACGGGGAAGGAUCCAGCUCCCCGAUCCCAGACUGCCCGGACACACCUCCACAUAAAACAUUCAGAAAACUCAGACUUUUUGACACACCGCACACGCCAAAGAGUUUGUUGUCCAAAGCCAGGAGCUCCGGCCCGGGAUCCUCCAGCAGGAGGGUUGCCCUGUUCAAGAAUGUGGAGUCUUCACGGAAGUCCAUUACAGACAGCAGCAAGAGACCGCAAACCCCCCUGGUCAACUUUAACCCCUUCACCCCCGACUCCCUCCUUAUCCAGUCUGCCACACAGCAAAGGAACAGGAAGCGUGCACACUGGAAUGACUCUUGUGGAGAGGACAUGGAGGCCAGUGACGGAGAGGCCGAGGAGGAAGUCUUGCCACCAUCCAAGAGAAUAACCAUGAUGGAGAGCAACAUGAUGUCCAGGUACGCCUCAGAGUUCCUCGAGCUGGAGAAGAUCGGCUGUGGAGAGUUUGGUGCCGUGUUCAAGUGUGUGAAAAGACUUGAUGGCUGCAUCUACGCCAUCAAGAGAUCAAAGAAACCUCUGGCAGGAUCAGUAGACGAACAGAACGCCCUGCGGGAGGUCUAUGCCCAUGCCGUGCUAGGCCAACAUCCCCACGUGGUGCGUUACUACUCGGCCUGGGCCGAGGACGAUCACAUGCUCAUCCAGAACGAGUACUGCAACGGCGGCACGCUGUCUGACGUCAUCGCAGAGAACUACAGGCGGCUCAGUUACCUGUCUGAGCUGGAGCUGAAAGAUCUGCUGCUGCAAGUCACGCGAGGACUCAAGUACAUCCACUCUACAUCUCUGGUACACAUGGACAUCAAGCCCAGCAACAUCUUUAUUUCACGAAAUUCUGUAGCUGGCUGCGAUGAAUGUGAUGAUGAAGAAGGACUGACCACCAGCGUCGUCUACAAAAUAGGUGACCUGGGUCAUGUCACACGAGUGAACAAUCCACAAGUGGAGGAAGGUGACAGCAGAUAUCUGGCCAAUGAAGUUUUACAAGAGGACUACAGUAAGUUGACAAAGGCGGACAUCUUUGCCCUGGCUCUGACUGUCGUCAGCGCCUCGGGGGCCGAGCCUCUUCCCACCAAUGGAGACAAAUGGCACGAGAUCCGACAGGGAAAACUCCCCGCCAUCCCCCAAGUGCUUUCUCCGGAGUUUCUCAGUCUUCUCAAGCUGAUGAUCCACCCUGAUCAAAGUAGAAGACCAUCAACUUCUGAGCUCAUCAAACACCCGGUGCUCCUCACUGCUGCCAGAAUGAGUGCCGACCAGCUCCGAGUCGAGCUCAAUGCCGAGAAGUUUAAGAACGCACUGCUCCAGAAGGAGCUGAAGAAGGCCCAGCAGGCUCGAGCUGCAGCAGAGGAGAAGGUUUUGUCCACCGACAGGGUCCUGACCCGCUCCACAGUCCAGUCGAACCCCAGAACCUCCAGACUCAUCGGCAAGAAGAUGAACCGGUCGGUCAGCCUCACCAUCUACUGAGACUUUAAUCCACCCUGACAGAAAGUGAAACACGGAGGCUCAUGGACCAUUUUAAUCAAAACCAGUUCAGAUGGAUCACCCUCUUCUUUCUUUUUUUUCGAGGAGAACCAUGUCAGUCGUGGUGAAAGCUGUAGAUUUGAACUCAUCUCGUUAGACUCUCAUUGCCAACAUAGUUCAGCCCUUUUUUUCCUGAUGGACUUUUACUUUUGGAAAAAAAAAGGUCAUUCCUGAAAGGUAGUUACUUUACCUUUUUCCACUCUGUCAUUCCUUAAGUUUUGCAUAGAAGUCAGGCUCUCUCUCCAUUUCUGUCCUUGCACUUCCUUCGACAAAGCCGAAGCCUGAUGGCAGCAGAUCGAAGCCGCAGUGAAGCUCCCUUUUAGUGAGAUUGUACUUGCCUUGCGCACCUUACUGCCUGUCAAAUGCCUGAUGCUGGGUACCAGAGGGUUGGAGAACUGACGAUUUAUGUGUUUGUAAUGGAGCACUUUGGAGGCAACAUCUGGAACUUGCCACAUUUAAAAAAUAAAAGUAACCUGCUGCUAUUGAUGUUUUGUGUGUAUCAGGGUUUGGCCCGUUUCAGGUUGGAUCGUUCUAGAGGUCAUUGGCUCUUAUUUUUAAGUAGCAGGAUCCCGCUCCCUCCAUUUAAUGUUAAUUCUUCUGGUCGGAUUGAGAAUGGAUCAUGCCAUUUGAGAAAAAUCAUCCAUUUUUGUUUUGAAGUACCAAAACCAGUGAGCAUUGUUAUCAUUAUCUGUGAUGUUAGAACUGAUCCAUAGUGUUUUUUAAUUUCCCGUGUUGAUUGGUGCUGCCAACCCUGCCUGUAGCAUUAGAACAAUCAUUGUCCUUUUCUUUAGGUUCACAUGUGUUCUGUUUUUGUUUUGUUUUCACCCCAUGAUGCUCAUCUUUAAUUACUGUUUAGAAAAGUAUUCCUCAUCUUUUUUGUUGUAACCUCUAACACAAAACAACCUUUCUGUUGUAAACUUGUAAAUAUGUUCUUUUAAUAAAUUCUCACCAUCUACACUUUG